CCACCACCCUGGCUCUUCGUAUUUCCCAUCCCGUCCCUCUCCCCACCCAGCCGGUCCGAAUCAAGCUAGAGCUGCCUCCAGCUCCUCGAUAGCCCAUUGCUUUGCACCACCACCUUUACACUGCAUAUCCGCAAUUGACGCUUCCAACCCGCAUCCCUAUACACCCACAAUGUCGGCGCCUGCCUCUGCCACCAGCGAGCUGCCCAUGCGCUCCCCCACCAUGCGAUCCGGUGACGACGAGGUCGUUCCAGGGGAGGACACCUCAGAGGUCACCAAGCUCUUCGCAGAGAGGCUGCAGGCCUGGAAACACGCCGUCGGCUACCUCGAAGACUACAUCACCGCCACGGAGAAGACAAACUCGGCACAUGGCAAGGAGUACGAGCGCGUCUUGAAGACCGUCAAGGACCCAUUGAAGGAGGGCCACCACUUUGACCAGUCCCUCGGGGGCAUUGCAGGCAUGUUUGAGAAUAUCCGCUCAAACACCCAGGGCAUGUCCAACCAGCACUACGAGACGGCCAAGCAACUGAAAAGCGUCAUUCUUCCCAUUUUCGAGCGCCUGCACACGGAAAUCAAGAACAAGAGCAAGGAGCUCACAAAAGGCGCCGGCAAGGGCAGCAAGGCCGUCGACAAGGCCCGCCAGCAGACGCAGAAGCACAUUGAGAUGCUCGGCCAGUACGCCGCCGCAUUCGAUUCGCACGGCAGCGCCCAGAUGAAGGCCACCGACGACCCCUACAUCAUCCGCCGCGGAGUCAACCACCGCCUCAACAAGCAGGUCCAGGAGGAAAACAACAAUCGCCAGGAUCUGAUUGCCGUGCAAAACUCGUUUGCCCAGUUUGAGGCGCACAUUAUCCAGGAAAUCCAGCACGGCAUGACGCAGUUCCUGCAGGUCAUGACCACGCAGGCCGAGCACACAAAGGCGUCGUACGGCGACAUGGUGGGCACUUGUCAGCGCACCCCGCUCGACUUUGAAUGGAACGGCUUCAUCCAGCGCAACAACACCAUCCUCAUCGACCCCUCGGCCCCGGCACGAACCCUUGCCGACAUCAGCUUCCCCAACCAGCACCACCGCUCGACGCAGCCGCUGAUUUCUGGCUCACUCGAGAAAAGGGGCAAGAUUAUGCGCUCGUACGACACAAACUACUAUGUCGUCACGCCAUCCAAGUUCCUCCACGAGUUCAAGACAGACGAUGAUUUUGCUAAGGACCCAACCCCCGAACUGUCUCUCUACCUCCCCGACUGCACCAUCGGUGCCGUCAACGGCAACAAGUUCAACAUCAAGGGCAAAGACACGUCCAAGGGCAAGAUUGGCGGCGCCUUUUCCAUGAACCACGAAAUCAACUUUAAAGCGCACACGCCCCAGGCUGCCCAGCAAUGGUGGGACGUGCUCCGCCAGGCCGCCGGCAGCGUCACCACCGACGCUCCUGACUCGAGUGUGCCCACCAGCCCCAUUACCCCCGUCAGCGAGAAGCAGCCUUCUCCGCUGCAGACACAGGGCCUGGAAAAGACGGGAACAAACACCACUCAGCCUGGAAGCGCUGUGCCUGCCAGUGCCAGAUAGUGCAACAUGAAGGGAUGAAAAAUUGCUUUGUUGGUAUGUCUGGCUUGGAUUGCGUAUACACAUGCCAUAACCUCUUUGCUUUGCGCUUGGUCUUACUAUACCCCCCCACCUAAUAAUGUUGAUGUCUUUUUUACGUAGCCAAUCUAUGUCCC